AUGUCGCUGCACGGCUCUCGGCUCGCCAUCCUCCCCGUUACACCAGCUCUAAGCGGCUGUAAUGUCCCCGCCAUGGACCGGUUAAAGUUCAUAGGAGGAUGUGUGCCGCUGUUCCUCGCCGCCGUCCUGUUCGACCUCCUCGGUGUCAUCCUCCUCUUCGUGGGCAUCUUCGCCGACGUGCGCAUCGGCGGCCGCUUCUAUGGAGACUUCUUGAUCUACACGGGCUCCCUGGUGGUCUUCACCAGCCUGGCCUUCUGGAUCAUGUGGUACGUGGGCAACGUCCGGGUGUCGGAAGAGGAAGACGGCUGGAUGAGCAAGGGGAGCAGCGGCGUGGCGCGCCUGGCGAGGAAGCUGACGGAGAGGCUCAGCCAGAAGCUGAAGUCGGAGGCCCGGCUGAAGUACGUGGAGGAUGAGGAGGAGGUGAAGGAGGCCGGACAGGUGGACGCACCUGGACGCAAGGCCAGCCGGGUGACGUGGGGCAGAUCCACGGCGUACCACAACGAGGGCUACGAGGACUCUGCAGACUGCCCCUCUUUGGAGAGGAAGGAAGACAAGACAGAGUUCUGA